AUGAAUUGCAUGCACAACCUCGCUCGCACCUGGAAGCAUCUGGGACACCUUGACGAAUCUAUUGCUCUGUUCGAAGAAUGCAUUAAUCUCAGCAAUAAGGUCCUAGGGCCUGAGCACCAGAGUACACAAACCACAUUGAAUUGCCUCCUGAGAACGAAAGGGCAAAGGGGAGAUGGUGACUUUCAUUUGGGAAAUAAAGAGUGA